AUGCCGACACGGUUCUCCAACACUCGCAAGCACCGCGGCCACGUCUCGGCAGGUCAUGGACGUGUCGGAAAGCAUCGCAAGCACCCUGGAGGUCGUGGUCUUGCUGGUGGUCAGCACCACCAUCGAACCAACUUCGAUAAGUACCACCCUGGUUACUUCGGUAAAGUUGGUAUGCGCCAUUUCCAUCUGACGCGCAACUUGCAAUGGCGCCCGAUCAUUAACGUGGACAAGCUGUGGACACUUGUACCCGAGGAGGAGAAGCAGGGCUUGUCGGAGGAUUCAGAGGUUGUUCCUGUAAUUGAUACCCUCCAACACGGGUACGGCAAGGUGUUGGGCAACGGAAAGUUGCCGAAGCUGCCGUUCAUCGUUAAAGCUCGUUUCGUAUCGGCCAAGGCAGAGGCCAAGAUCAAGGAAGCCGGUGGCGUUGUGAAGCUAAUCGCUUAG